AUGGCGUAUAUGUUUCAAGACGAAGGAAACAUCACCUUUGGUAACGAGACAUCAGAGAUGAGAAAGGGCAUGCUCAAGUUUAACAUUCAGGUAGAGCGGGGGAUUGUUAAUGGAGUCUCGAUCAAGUCCUGAAGAUAUCCAUCUCCUCUCACUUUGUAUGCCCCAUUCUUAACCUCGCUUCCCCACAAUAAUGCACACUUACUAUUAAUUAAUGUCACAUUUUUAAAGUAUUCAGCCUCCUAACUCUCAAUUUCACUCGUCCAGCUACAUUUAAUAAGCAUAAUGGGUCCCAAACGUAACGAAUACAUAUCAUAGAAGGUUACGGUAGGAUCCGCCAUAAGUUCCCGCCUUUACCGACCAACCCAAGAAUACCCCAGCCCUGGCAGGUCUAGAAGGACAAACACACAGUUUUCUCAUUUUCAAACCAAGCGCAUACAGUCCUAUUUUGUAAUUAAGUUCAGAUAUAACGCGUACUAUGAUUGGUUGAAAAAGCGUAUUUUAUGAGAGUAUAAAACACGGAGCUAAAGCUGUCAUACCAGGUUUUGAAGGUCAGCUAGAAGGCAAUGCGUCGGGAAUUUAACGGAUUCUUUGUCAAAAACAAAUAAAAAAGCCUUAACUGUGCUCUGUUCUGUUGUGAAGCACUAAGGAAGCGGCUAGAGUACGAAAGAGGUUAAAAAUGGGGGCUACACGUACACGAAAGAGGUAGGGAGAAACACUCGACCACGUCUCGUGUUCCCCCUAUACUUGUUUCGUGCUCUAACCGCUUCUCGCGUGCUUUACAACAGGCCAGAGCACAGUCAAGGUUUCUAUCAUAAUGCUGUUAAGAAUGGCACUGAGGGUAAACGCCUGCAAUUUAGUCUCAAAAAGAUUUAUAUUCAGGCAAAGAGGUUUCACUCUUAUCUCUGUUUUCAGAUAGAAAACUGGAAAUUUUGCAGUAAUAAUUCACACGAAGAUUGCAAUACUGGAGACGAAGGAGAGUUCGUAGAUGUCACUCUGGUCAUUAAAAGUAAAGGAAAACCCAAGCCUCACGAGGAGGAUGAAAUAAGCAAACGAACAAAGCAUCGCCGUCCUAGAUGCUUUAAAAGAGGGAAGUACAACAAGUGCCCCAAGGAGUUUGAUAUCGGAGGAGGUUCGGAAAUGAUGCUCAGCUCUCAGGUAGGUUGAAUAUGGAUAACGCUUCAAGAAAUUCAGUUUGGAAUAAAUUUAAAUUGAACAAGGCUUUUGGAUCGUUAAUUUAAAGAGGAAUAUUUCGGGGAGCAAUGGAACGUCUGUGUUACAAAAAGUGUUUCUUUUUUCUUGGUUAGAAUCAUUCCAAUUCUGCACACUCUCCUGUGAUGUUAGUUUUGGGGUUUCGCUGCCGUUUUUAUUUAUUUAUUUAUUUAUUUAUUUUUGGCCUACAUGUCUCCCAAAGGGGAGGUUAAUGGAUAUAUAGAGACGCGAAGAGUCGGGGUAUAUUAUCUAGCGCUGUACACCGACGCUGACGGGGAUAGUUCUUUUAGUAUUUACCAAAUCAGUUGGAUAAAAAUGAAAUUGUAACUUAGGACCUUUGUUUACCCUUUACAAACAUUUCGGGGAAUUGUCAAGUGAUUUUUACAGUUUUGUUGCAAAUUCAGCAUGAAGUGAUAAUUUUCUUGCUACCAGUAAACACCAACAAGCCAAAGUUAGUUACUUUUCUAGACAAGUUGUUUCUUUGUACGACUGCUUCAUUUAUCGCUCAAAUUUCGUCUUCCGAAACGAGACGCCAUCUUGGCUUAGUUCGCAAAGCAAUGAAUAGCCAAAAGGAUACUCCGAGUUACGGGACCCAAUCAAAACGCGCGAAAAUUGCUAUUCACUGCUUUGGUAAAUACUUAUAAUUACGAUCCCGAAGGGAAUUUACCAGUCCUAAGUUGUGUUUACAUUUGCCCCACCAUGAAACGACCGGUUUGACCAUGUCUAACCUCAUUUAUUCGGCGGAUAUCGGAUGGGAUAUCGAUCAAAUUUUGAGUAACGAGUACCGUUAAAAUCCGAACGACUAUAAGCCCUUGGGCUCAUUCAACUUCAUAAGGGGCUUUUGGAUGGGAUACACGCCAUAAAAACAACGUCUAAAAAGAAGCUGAUAAAAACACGCAUUAUAUUUCACUGCAAUUAAAUAUUACGACUUUAAAGGGGAACUUAAGCUAUAUACGGUGGACCUUAAGGCACCUAAAUCAGAGCGCCACACCUGUCCUUUACUCAAGUUGCCUCCCCCGUGUAAAAACAUCCUAGUCAUCGAACUUUGUUUCUUUUGAUUUAGGUAAUGGUCGACAACGAAAUACGAGACAUGCCAGGGAAUGGUGUCUAUCCGAAGAUCAUAGAAAACGAAAACAGGCAGAAAUUUAUUUUUCGUUUUCCAAAAGCUGUCAGUAGAAUUCUUUAUGACCCUGGACUGGAAGUAGGAGAGGAUUCCGGCUCUGGCUGUGCUAUACCUCUUCACUUGGUUGAACUUUUGUUCAUUAUCUUUUCUAGUUCCCUUUUUUUCUCUUGA